UCUCUGGGGCCCUGGCCCACCCCCACACCUCCUCCUGCCUCUGUGGCUCCCCGACCCGGUCCCCUCCCCCUAGCCCCGCCACACACGCUGACACGCGCGAGAACACACACGCCUGACACGCCAGCGAGCUGCUGGCUGCUCAAUGGACCGAUUUCCCCGCUGUUCCUGAUCCCAGCCCAGCCCAGCCCGGGAUGAGAAAUUGCAAAAUGGCCCGGGUCGCCAGUGUGCUGGGGCUGGUCAUGCUCAGUGUUGCCCUGCUGAUUUUAUCGCUCAUCAGCUACGUAUCCCUGAAAAAGGAGAACAUCUUCACCACUUCCAAGUACGCCAGCCCGGGGGCGCCCCGAAUGUACAUGCUCCACGCGGGAUUCCGGUCACAAUUUGCGCUGAAGUUUCUAAAUCCGUCAUUUGUGCCCAUUACGAAUUCUCUGGCCCACGAUCUUCAAGACAAACCUUCUAAGUGGACAUUUAAUCGGACAGCGUUUUUACAUCAAAGGCAAGAAAUUCUUCAGCAUGUCGAUGUAAUAAAAAAUUUUUCUUUGACCAAGAAUAGUGUUCGGAUCGGACAACUGAUGCACUAUGAUUAUUCCAACCAUAAAUAUGUUUUCUCUAUUAGCAAUAACUUCCGAUCACUGCUUCCAGAUGUGUCACCCAUUGUGAAUAAGCAUUAUAAUGUCUGUGCUGUGGUUGGAAAUAGUGGGAUCCUGACAGGGAGCCGGUGUGGACAAGAAAUAGAUAAGUCAGAUUUUGUUUUCCGUUGCAAUUUCGCCCCUACGGAGGCUUUCCAAAGAGAUGUUGGAAGGAAAACCAACCUUACCACCUUCAACCCCAGCAUCCUGGAAAAAUAUUACAACAAUCUUUUGACCAUUCAGGACCGUAACAACUUUUUCCUCAGUUUAAAAAAGCUCGAUGGGGCCAUUCUUUGGAUCCCUGCAUUUUUCUUCCACACUUCAGCAACUGUUACCAGGACAUUAGUUGACUUUUUUGUUGAACACAGAGGUCAGUUAAAAGUCCAAUUGGCUUGGCCUGGGAAUAUAAUGCAACAUGUCAACAGGUACUGGAAAAACAAACAUUUGUCGCCCAAACGGCUGAGCACAGGUAUUCUUAUGUACACCCUUGCAUCAGCAAUAUGUGAAGAGAUCCACUUGUAUGGAUUUUGGCCUUUUGGAUUUGACCCCAACACCAGGGAAGAUCUUCCAUACCAUUACUAUGACAAAAAAGGAACCAAAUUUACCACCAAGUGGCAGGAGUCCCACCAGCUGCCCGCUGAGUUUCAGCUGCUGUACCGAAUGCAUGGGGAAGGGCUCACCAAGCUGACUCUGUCACACUGUGCCUAA